UAAUUAAAUUUAAAGUUUAAAAAUAUUUAGUCAACAAAUAAUUAUUAAAAUGGUAAAAUGCCACGUAUGUUCUGGGGACGCUUCCCUAACUGGAACCAUAUGUGCCCUGUGUAACAAAAUAAUAGACAUCCAAUGCCAUGGAGGAACAAUUGGGGAUGGCUAUGUUGUGUGUAAAGUAUGUGCAGGUUGUUGCAAAGUUUCCCCAACAAAAAAAGACUAUAUAAUUGGUAGAGGUAUUCAAAAAAUGACUAAAGAAAAAAUAGAGGAGAUUGCUUCUUCUCACUUACUUAAAUCUAUAUUUUCUGGUCAGGUUUACAGUUACAGGCACAAUUUAUUUUAUUCAGGAAAAGAAAGUAAAAGAAAUUUAUGUGAUCAAGAACUUAUAGACAUAUUAAAUGAGGAUCAGCAACACAAUCUAUAUAGUGCUUUGGCUCGAUCAUAUAAUUCUAUAAAACAUAAUGAAUACGUUUUCAAAGUAUUGGUUCCAGAAGCCAUUAUUUAUCUAUUUGCCAAGGUUGAGGGCAUGUCAAGAAUUCAAACUGCGGUAAGUCUUUUACAGAAAAUGUAAUAGAAAGGCUAAAAAGAUCUCAAAUAGCUAAACAUGAGCGUUUACAAAGAUGGUCAAAUCAAGAAACUGUGAGUGUUAAAAAAGAAUGUGUUACAGUUGAAAAAGAAGAUAAGAACUUUAUAAUUACAGAACUAGUAUCAGAAUUAGUGACAAGGGUUUGUAUAGAAUUAGAUGAAGAAAUUCAUUUUGACAUUGAAGUUAAUGCUGAUAUCGAUAAAAGGCCUAUUUCUC